AUGGGGACAGACUUUGGGCAGAGCUUCCGUAAAGGAAUCGGCAUUCGGAAGAGGGACGUUGACGAGGGAAACGUCAUUGACUCGGUGCCGCCGUCAGACACCUCACCCAUAUCAGGUGUCCCUGGCCGGAUAUCACCUCCUAUAACCCCAGACGUUGUUUCGGUUCCACAAUCACGGCAGACAUCUAUGGAAAUAGCCUCUGAGAUUGCUCCGGAAAUCGUGGUGUGGACUGAGGACAUGGAUAUCGACAUGGAUAUCGACAAUGCUAGUCCGGUUGAGUCCGACGAUGAACUGUCGAGUCUCAAAACCGAUCCCGAGUGA